AUAAGUAUGUUCUGCAAUCGAGAGCCGGCCAGUGUUAGAUCAUAUAGUGUUGAAAGUGCCUGCGCGCACUACGUCGCAAAACAAUGAAAACUAACCGGCUAUCAACGAAAAUUUCCAACUAAAAUUCCGUCCGGCCGAUCUAAAACGUUCCAACCUACCGAAUAAUCCGGUGUUCCAAAUUUGAAAUGUGACAGAUAUUUUUUCGAAUGACAUUUUUCGGUGGCGUUUGGCGGGAAAUGAAAUAUGGCGUACCGUGAAAUUAGGAAAAUAUGUAAUAAAGUUACGCAAUAUUAAGUGUUAGAAUUUAACUUUGGCAUUUAUUUUUAGAACGGUCUGUUGAGAAAAAUGUAAACCGCAGACAAUAAAGUUUAUUAUGUGAUUAAGUUGGACUAUUAACAGUGGAUAUAAAGAUCCGUCGUGCGUGGACGCGCACCAUCGCAUGAUUUCGUCGUGACCAUACGCCCGAAACUGGAAUUAAUGUUGAAGUACUUCAAUGAGAAUAUAUCCCUAGCGCUCCAGGAGAGGUACAGGGACCUCCAUGAGUAUCGGAAGGCGGAAGUAGAGGACUCACCGAGGGAGGCUAAAGUACCGAAAAUAGCGGAGGAAGGUGAGGCAGUCGGCGGCGAGGGCGCUUUCGAGCCAGGCGCCGCGCCGCCGUUCCCUCGUCUGCUGGAGCCGCCCAAGGAGGAAGACAACUUCGUGACCAGCUGGCUCCACAACUCCUUCAAGAUGACGGCCGCUGAAGGGAACAGCGAGGCCGCGGCCGGGGGCAGCGCUCUGGAUCUUCGUGCUGCGCCCCUGUCCCUACACAUACCGCUCCAGAAUGAGGCCCAGCGGUUCAAAAUGCAGGACUUUUGGAACCGCAGCAGACCUGGCAGCCCGGCCCAGGAGCCCACAGACCACAACCAGGCCGGACCUGCGCCACCAACACCUCAACCACCGGCCACACCUGACCACAAGAUUAUAACUGAAAAACUCGUCAAUGAAAUACAGCAACAACAGUCGCCGUCCGCGGACUCCACGAUGAGUGAACGCUCGCUGGUACCCUUUGCUCUGGUAAAUUUACUGUCCUCACUCAAUAAUAUUGAUCCGCAGCAGCAGUCCCCAUCAGGCGAGGCUGAUCGCACCAUGCUACCAUUCGCACUGGUAAAUGUCCUGAAUAGCCUGAAUAUCGAUCAACAAGCCCGCUCCGGUCAGAGCAUCAGUGAACGAACGCUGGAAGAAUGCUGGUCGACACUUCAGCGAAUCUUCAUGCACAAGAACGCCAUGCAAAUGCAUGCACGCGAGCUGCAGCGCGGCCUCGGUGGUGAGGUGAAGCCGCACCAGUGCCAGCAGUGCUUGAAGUCGUUCAGCUCGAACCACCAGCUCGUCCAGCAUAUCAGGGUCCACACGGGCGAGAAGCCGUACAAGUGUUCCUAUUGUGAUCGACGGUUCAAGCAGCUCAGUCACGUUCAGCAGCACACCAGAUUACACACAGGGGAGCGUCCGUAUAAAUGUCAUUUGCCUGAUUGUGGCCGUGCCUUCAUCCAGCUGUCGAACCUCCAGCAGCAUCUGAGGAACCAUGACGCUCAGGUGGAGAGAGCAAAAAAUAGACCAUUCCAUUGUAAUAUCUGUGGGAAAGGAUUCGCGACUGAGAGCAGCUUGCGUACUCAUACAGCCAAGGAGCUUCAGCUGCACCUUGGUGUUUUGCAGCAACACGCGGCGCUCAUGAUAGGGGGCGCUACGGCCACCCCGUGUCCUAUAUGCCAUAAAGUUGUUUUCGGGGGCGAAGCCCUAGUAGAACAUAUGAAGAACACGCAUAAGGACCCGAACGCAUCCGGUGUUGCGAGUCCGCCGGCCACGUCACCGUAUCCUAAACUGGACCCGUAUGUAGCGAAGCGGCGUACGGCGAACCACCCGUGUCCUGUCUGCGGGAAGCACUACGUGAACGAGGGUUCGCUGAGGAAGCACCUCGCCUGCCACCCAGAGACACAGCUCACCAGCGGACUGAGGAUGUGGCCCUGCUCCGUCUGUCAGGCCGUGUUCACACAUGAGAGCGGUCUUCUAUCCCAUAUGGAGCACAUGCGGAUGGAGCCUAAGCAUCAGUUCGCUGCUCAGUACGUGCUGUCACGAGCGGCGGCCGAGAGACGGGAGAGAGACCUCAUCGCCGCUGUAUCAUCAGCUGGGGGCUCUGGACUCUUGAACCUGGCACCCCCAUCACCAGCACACUCCGACUCAUCAUCCAACGGACGGCUCUCAUCAUCCGCCGGAUCUGACGCCGGCGCCGCCGUCAACAAACUAUCAGAUCUCCUCCGCGCCAACAACGGCCAGUACGGAGACGAGAGGGUCGCGGCCAUAGCAGCGGCCGCCGCCAACAUGAUGAGCCAACCAGGUGAGAGCAACAACGCUGUACAGGUAGCCGCUGCCAAUCUAGUAACGGCCAUGAGACAACAGCUGGCGAGGGAACCGCAACCGGAAACACCUCCAGCUCAGGCGGAAGCGGCGCUCAGGAUACAACAAGCUGAAGCUCUGCUACGGAGUCAGGCGGAGGCGUUACGGUUGGCUGUGUCACAGGCCGCCGCCGCUCAUAACACCGAAACACCCAGCCCCUUGCGACACAACGGGGGAUUCCCCCAACCGAACGACGCCAGCGGACAACUAUCACCUGAAUUGGUCGAAGCCUUCAGAAUCGCACAGGAACAGAGACUCGAACAAGCGCUGCGACUUCACGACCCGAGAAUGUUGGGCUUCAACAUACCGUCGCCGGUACAGGCGGCGCAACAAGUCGCCGCUCAGGCUCAGGCUCAAGCCCAAGCCGCCCAAGCCGCCCAGGCCGCUCAAGCCGCUCAGGCAGCGCAGGCCGCUCAACAAGUCGUACAGCAGCAACAAAUUCAAGCGGCACAAGCAGCACAAGCGGCACAAGCGGCUCAACAAGCUGCACAACAAGCUGUCCACCUCCAACAGAACCCACAACCAUGAAAAUUCAGUUAUUACUAAUCCGACGCGAUUUCGUCACUUAAAUUAAUAAUAAUAAUAAUAAUAAUAAAACAAAAACAUAUAUCUUAAAAAAAUAUCUUAAUUUCCAUAUAUUUGGUAAAAAUUUUUUUUUGGAACCGAGCGAAUUGAAAUCGCCUCUGGUUAGUGAUUACCUUUGUCGUGAUCGCAACACGAAUAUUUUAUUACGAACAAUAUUGUUUGACGUGCGGAGCGGGUGGGGCUUACGACGAACUUACUGACUUAGAUAGAACUAACUAUUGUAUAUACUAGAGGGAAACGGAAAUGGGACAGAUUGUUAUGUAAAUAUUACGAAAAAAUUAUAAUAAUAAUAAUAAUAAUUUAAUACAUUUAAAAAAAUAGUCGAAUGAUAAAAUGGAACAAAAACUCGCCCGAACAAAUAAUUAUAUGUAGACUUACGUGGAAUUCAGUGCAAUUCAUUAAAUAUUUGUUUGGUUGUUUGUUUAUUGAACAUAUAUAUAUAUAUAUAUAUUAUUUUUUUAUUAGCUUUAUAGAACAAUGUAUUUUUUUAGCUUAGUUAAAAUAACAUUUUUGGAUGUGCCAAACCCGCACGUUUUAUCGCGUACAGCGAGCCCUCGCAAUAUUUAUUUGCUAGUUUUUAUUGUCUUAUAUAAAAGUUGACUAUUUCCACGCAAUAACACGUCUCAUGCUAGUCAGGCUCUAACGCACAAGCUCUUUAAAAUAUAUCCAAAUUUUUACAUUUAUUAUUAUUUUUUUUUUAUUAUUUUUUUCAUUUAUCUAUGUUUUUCUUGGCUUAUAUAUUUUAUUCUAAUGCCAUAUUAGUGAUAACUGUAAAUAUAGCGGUUAGAUGUUGAUAUAUAUAUUAUUAUUAUAUUAUUUUUUUUGUUUAGAAGAAAAGAAUAAAAAAAUACAAGUUAUUUUCAUUAUUUCGAUGGUAAAAAUAUAAAAGAUAUCAAAUUAUUUACAAAUAUUUUUUCAUUAUUAUUAAUUUUUUUUUUUUUUUGUAUAUUUGUAGAUAUAUAAUCGAAUUAUGUUUUUUCAGAAGACUGCCGUUAUAUAUAUAUAUUUUUUUUUAAUGUAAAUAAGGCAUGAUUGUUUAUUGAUAAAUAAAAAUAGCGAUUAUUCACUGAAUCGACGUUCCCGUCGUCCGACGACUACCGGUAAUGACUCGUCGAAUAAUAUUACCGUGUUCGACGUAAAUUUUUUGUCUUGAAUGGACAUAUAAAUAGCACGAGACAUUCUUUUAAACGUGGACUCAGACAUAGCCCGAUGAUUAUUUUAGUUUUAACACAGACUCGUAAACAAUAGCCCGAAAACAUUUUUUACUACGAUAUAAUAUGCAAUAUGCUUUAAACAAGUUGCCCGAACAAUAGAUUUAUAACUCACAUACUCAGACGCUCCGACGUCACAUCGGAGCGCCGAUUACUGUAAUAAGAAUGUCAAGUGUUGCCGAAUAUUAAUUCUUUUAAUAUUAUCACCGUAUAUUGUAAUUUAGUGUCGUACCGUCGCGAGCGCGCCUCGACCGCGCCCGACCGGCGCGCGACGGUCGGAUCGUAAAUGUAAUCGUAAACUAGGUAAGGUAAAGUAAGCUGAUUUAAUGUACGUAAUUAUUUCAUUCUUGAAUUAAUAUUGAUAUCUCUGCGACGGUAAUCGUUCGAUUACCAUCUACGAGGUUUCAAUGUACGUAACGAUAAAAAAAAAAAUAACAAUGCAAUAGCCCAAAACUCGUUUUUAUUUUUGAAUUAGUGACGUUUUGGUUUUGGAAUAAUGAUUUGACGAUGGUUUCAAGUUAGUUAAUUUGAUUUCAUGAAAUACAAAAACUUUCGGCCAUUUUUAUAUAUUGUUUGGAAUGCGAUGGACAGUUUGGCGAUGACAUAGUUUCUGGGAAACGUUUGAUGUAGAUUUGGACACAUGUUUGGACUGAAUAUAUUAUAUACAAAAAAAAUAAAAUAAAAUAAUACUAAUGUUACGAACACAAUAACAAAUAUGAAGUGAACGGAUCGCUAUUUAUGUAAAGAAAAUCCUCAUAAAUUUUAAUACAUAUAUAUAAAUAAAUUUAAUAUAACAACAGAAAAAGUUCCUAUGUAUAAAUGGUAUUUGUUUUAAAUUUAGGUCGUAGGAGAUGGAAAAUAAAAAAAAUUUAUUGAAGUUCGGUAUUUUUAAAGUUAUUAAUAAUCCAUCGUGUAAGGAACUAACUCGUUAGAGUUGUACAAAAUAAGAAGCACGGAUCGAGUAUCCUACACGUAGAUGUUUAGAAAAUGAUUACGUUUCCAAGAAAGUGUUCAAAAGAUAUUCGGCUGCGUUUUUGUGAAUCGUUUGAGAUGAUAUUUGUAACGAAAUAAAAAUAAAAUAAUAAUAAUAAUACAAGUAUUUUCGAGAUAUAAAAAUUUUAAUAUUAGGUAAGGUUUUGAUUAAUACAAAAAAAACAACUAGCGACCAUAUAUGUGUAUUUAUGAACAAAAAUUAUUCGCAAAAAUGCAGACAGAAGGUACUCUCUGUGAUCAUCGAAAUGGAAUAAGUCUUUAUAUAACAUCGUGUCUGAGAAUUGUCAGAGGUUAUUCUUAAGUUUUGGAAGGUUACAUUUUUUAAUGUUAAAUAAUUAAAAAAAAAAAAGUAAUAAUAAUAAAACAGAAAUUUUUUCUACAUUUAUUUUACGAUGAAAAUUCCAUAGUUAAGCUGUGUACAUUUAACUAUAUGAAGCCUAAUUAACGAUUAAACGAAAGGUUAAAUCUAUCGGUUAACGUUCAGGUUUUACCGUUUACAUUUCAUCUUUCGUGUUAGUAACAAUAGCUCUGGUUUCUGUUGUAUUACCACAGAUAACCGUCGUUACGGUCUCACGCGGUACGUGCGCUGUUGGGAGGUUCUAUGACAGGAAUGGAUAUGACGUCACAAUGUUGUAGUUUACUUGGCAUUUAAUGUUCGAUAUUAAUUGUUUUAUGUUACGUUAUUAGGGGAAUAAGUUGAACUCGAUAUAUAAACAAUAGUGACGACCCGCGAAAUAUUUCGGUACCGAUUUUUAUUAUACGAUGAAAUAUAUAUAUAUACAGAUGAAAUUUAAUAUAAAUUAUACAAUGUUACAGCACUAUUGUUUAUAUAUUAUGGUAUGAAGAAAAAAAAAUAUUGGAAAAAUUAAUAACAACGAGCGAGAUUACGUUAUAGUAACCAUCAGUUGUAUAGCGACAGUUGCAUGGGCUGAUAAGUUGCUCUUGGUUACGUGGAAGGUCCAAGGUUCGACUCGCUCUCAACUUGCGAUUACAUUACAUUUCUUAUUUGAACAUGAUGUUCGCAAUGUUCCUCGCUGAUGUUAGCUUCCUAACAUUAGCGGUGUCGUGUGACGUCAUGUUGGGUUGUUAAGUUUUUAACAAUGAAUUGCUGUUGAUUUGAUUACUCAUCCUUAGUGAAAGUUGUUGUUUCGUUUGAACGCUUCAUUAUUACGUUGAAGGUAUUUUUUAUAUUAAAAAAAAAAAAAAACUAUUUAGUAAAAUAUACAUGUUUAUUAACCGUAAUAUAAUCUUAGACAGGAUAGCCAGGUUUUCAUUGUACCACAUAGUAGUAAUUUCUUGUAUCUCAUAUAAUAAGUAAGUAUAAUUAAUGUAAUGUAAUACAGGGCUCUUUUAUAAAACUAAUUGUGGCGGUAUAUUUUUAUAAAGGGGCCCGCAGCGGCGGCCCACGGGCAGGGCCGCGGUAUCAGUGUAGUGAACAACGAAAAAUCAUAUAAAUACAAAAAAAACUCCGUGUACUUUAACUUAAAUGUAAUAGAUUAUUGGUGUUUAAUGAGUCAUCCAGCCGUCAUAUCCAUUUGGGAGUAGCGACCGCGGUUUGGUGAGAAGAGAUCGCGACGGAUGUUUACGUCCGACCGUUGACGAAAAUAUUAAAAAAAAAAACAAAAAAAAACAGGCAACACUGACGACAACGCAUUUAGUAUUGAUCGAAAUCAUACAUGAAAAAUUAUAUCAUGUUUAAAAGAAAAAAAAAUAAUCAGUUGUCUGUGUUUUUAUACAAAUUUUACCAACAGCGCACUACCUUUGUCUUUGUAAUACCUCGCCUCGAUAAUGUCACAGAGCAUUGACGUUGUGCAAGCACAGUUAGAAUAUUAUUUUUUCCCACUUCAUUAUAAUCCUGAUCGAAAUUAAUUCGUUACUGUGCUUCUACUUCGUGUGUCUGAAAAAUUUAUACAACAUUAUUAGAAACCUAUUUUGUAUCAAAAUUAACUGUUCGUUUGAAAUCGGUGGAAUCUAGUCUUAUUUUUAUUAAAUUCUCGUUCAGAAUGUCGUGUUACUAACAACAGUAUUGGGGACGAGCGGAGAACACUUUCGGGUCAUUUGUAAAUUGUGAAAAAAAAAAAAUUACUUGUGUAAAAAUCAAAAUUAAGAUACCUACCUAUGUUUCGGAGUAAGAAAUUGUAAAGUACGAGAAAAAUUGUUUAGACACUAGAGUAAAUUAGGUAGAAGUCGAAAAAAAACAUGUUUGGCGUCGUGUUAAAGUAAUAUUAAUGAAAUUAACAAAAAAAAAAAAAUUGUAAAUAAUGUUUAGGCAUGUCGUGUGAGGGUUACGGUUCCGGACCUUAGCGAUGUCAGGCGACCUUAGCUCACUCAGUACUCUGAACAAAUUAAUAAUCAAAGGAAUGUCGGCGAAGAUCACUUGCUCCACGACAGUAACCCCCAAAAUUACUUUGUAUUUUUGUAUAGUUAAGUAUUUUAUUAGUUAUGUUAUAGUGAUUAUUUUUUUUUUGCGAUGCCAUGUUUUAAUUAUAUUAAGCCGCAAUGUGUUUAUUAAAUAUUAUAUUUUUAUAGAGGUUAUUUUAUAUUUUUUGUACUCGCAGCAGUCACUCUUCAAACUUCGAACUCUGUAUUUAAUAGUUAAGUUUUAGCGUUGAGUUAUGUUAUGAUAUAUUAUAAUUUACUAUUUAAUGAACAAAACUUAACCCAUUACAUUUAUGUUAAAUAUUAUUUUUAACAACGGAAAAUGCUUACUGUGUCAUUAAAAUGAGAAUAGUAAUUAUUAUUGCCGAAACGGUUAGCUAUAAUUAUUUUAAAAAAUAAAACGAUGAUUCAUA